AUGGUUCAGAAGACUACUGCCGCAAUUGUUACACUCUCUUCACUGAUCGCCUAUGUGACCAUCAACAGUAUCCUCCGUACCGUCAGGCCGUCGGCCUUUAUCUGGUACGAUGAGGACCGUGACGAGGAAAGUUGGAUCGCCUCUUCUCCGUCAUGGUUUGACAGGAAGGCUUGCCGUUGGCUCGGGCUUUGCGGUACAGCACACUUUCGCGUAAUCGGUCCCCACUUCGGGCGCCGUACAGCCUCUCCAGAGUUGCCAGACGACAGUCGUUCGUGGCAGAAUUACUGGACCAACGAAACCGGUCCUUCCGAAGAUUCGUGGGAUGCGACAGAACGAAGUCUGCGACAGAUCCCCGACUAUGUACUCGAAUAUGCUCCUCUCGUUCAUCUUUUCUCAGGCGAGCAGUUUUGGCCGUGCGACAUUGCUGAGCAUCUCUACCAUACCACCCCGAUGCUGAACUAUACCCCGGUCCAGUCGGAAUAUGAUCACCCUUCUUUACAGGAUCUUGAUGAGCUGAAUCAAUGGGAAGGAGGACGCCAUGUCUUUCUAACCAGCAACGAUGACGUAGAAGGACGUCCACCUUGGAUUGAAGGGGAGAAAAAUGUUCCUACCCCCCCGGAGGACAAUCCCGAGGACUUGUGGCUAGACCGGGGUAGCGAAGGCGACGAAUCCUUCACGGAAGAACCCACCGAGGAUCGUGUCAAAUGGUACGACACUGAAUUACCACUGCGAGAUGGGGCCGCCGAUGGUAUCCCAGCUGAGGAGCUUGGCUACCCCACCUUCGACCAAGACUUGAUUCGCAACGAACUGAGGAGACGAUACGGUGGAGAACCUAUUAUUCAGGGAACUGGGGGCCGGAGCGAGGCGCCGGCCGUUCUGCUAGUGAUCGACAAGGGUAAUGGUAUUGUGGAUGCCUUUUGGUUCUACUUCUACAGCUUCAAUCUUGGCAACGCAGUGUUUAAUGUGCGGUUUGGGAAUCACAUUGGAGACUGGGAGCACUGCCUUGUGCGAUUUCACCAUGGCAAGCCAAAAGCCCUCUUCUUCAGUGCUCACUCUGCGGGCGAAGCGUACAGCUACGAAGCUGUCGAGAAAAUUGGACGACGACCAGUCAUAUACUCAGCAACAGGCACACAUGCCAUGUAUGCCACUCCGGGGGUGCAUCCAUACAUUCUACCAUGGGGUCUUCUCCAUGAUCAAACUGACCGCGGCCCUCUGUGGGACCCCCUUCUCAACUCUCACUCAUACACAUAUGAUGUCGCCAAUGAUACCCUUCGCGCAUCCACCCUCAACCCGGCCUCACCAACCGAGUGGUUUUACUUCAAGGGACAGUGGGGUGAUAAGUUUUACCAGCUUGGUGACCGUCGACAGUAUCGCUUUGCAGGCCAGUAUCACUAUGUGAACGGACCUUUAGGGCCUUGGUUUAAGCAUCUCAACCGUCGUAAAGUAUGCCAAGGUCCUGAUGAAGAUCCUUGUCUUAUCAAGGACUAUAUCGGGGAGUAA